CCGCCCGCACCUCGGACAUCGCCGAGGCGCUGUGCUCCGCCCGGCCCUCACCGUGACCGCCGCUGGCCUCCCGACGGCACCAGGGCCCGACGGCACCAUGGCCCUGCUCAAGCUGUCCCUCAUGGCCUUCAGCUUCGUCUUCUGGGCAGCGGGGCUGACCAUGCUCAUCAUCGGCCUCUGGGCCAAGAUGUCUCUGGGCACCUACUUGGCGCUCUCGGCCAGCGACUACCCCAGCGCCCCCGCCAUCCUCUUGGCCACCGGCGUCGCUGUCAUCAUCUGGGGCUUCCUGGGAUGCUUCGGCGCCGCCACGGAGCACCGGGGACUGCUGCGCGCCUACAGCGCCUUCCUGGCCGUGGUGCUGGCGGCCGGGCUGGCGGCCGGGCUCUCGGCGCUGCUGUACCGCCGGACCGUGGCGCAGGGCUUCCAGCAGGGGCUGCGCCGGGCGCUGCUGGCCUACGGGCAGGACGACGGGCUGGCGGACGCCCUGGACGCGCUGCAGCGCGCCCUGUCCUGCUGCGGCGUGGAGAGCUACCGCGACUGGCUCGCCUCGCCCUGGGGGCUGGAGCAGAACGGCUCGGUGCCCCUCAGCUGCUGCCGGGCCCGCCGCGGCUGCCAGCGCAGCCCGCCCUCAGCCCUCAGCCUGCACCCCGACGGCUGCUUCGGCGCGGUGUCCGCCUUCGUCGGCAGCAACAUGUUUUAUGUUGCCACCGCUGCCCUGGGGCUGGCGCUGCUGCAGCUCAUCGGUAUCGUGCUGGCCUGCCUGCUGUCUGCCCGCGUCCCUGCCCACCUGCUGGGCAGCACCACCCCUCGCUGAGAUCCCCGCUGGCCUGCCCCUUGUCCCCUCCAGUUCCCUUCUUUCCCACAUAACUGAGUACAUCCCCCUGGGAAAAUCCUUCCUUCAUACUCACCAUUUCCACUUGAGCAUCCUCCUGCAGGCUCCAUUCCUCUGGAGCCUGUGUUGGGUGUGCUAUGAGCAUCUCAAGUCCCUCCGAAGGCGAGGUGCCUCCUUGGCCUGGCCAUGUGUUCCCCACUGGAGCCUCUGGACCAGUUCUGCAGGGAGUGGUGGCAGCACGGACAGACAUCACUCUCUGAGGCAGCAGGGACAUCUGAGGCAAGGCUGGCCUGUUUUCUGGGUGGUGUAAACGCCAAGGCACCCAAAUGUGGACCAGGAAAGAGGAGAGGGUCUAGGAGAGCAAGAGAGGUGUCUCUCGGCUUUACACCAUGUGAGCAUGCUUCUGAGACUGGAAAAUGAUGUGACUGGAAAACUGCUGGAGUGCAUGAGGGGCAGGCCUGGUGCGGGGCACCCAGACAGCCAUGCCAGCAGCUGGCACUGGGAGCUGCUUGAGAGACAGGCAUCGUGCAUGCCAUUGCCGCAAAGAUAUCCUGCUUUCGGUGUGAGUGUAUUCAAGCUGUCCAGCUGCUUUUCCCGCUCUUGGUGUUUCCAAUGCCGAUUUCGAUCUAAAGGUGGAGCUGUAGCUCUAAAUGUUACUCCCUCCUUCACGAUAUGCCUGUCCCCAGCCAGUAUGUCGCUGGUUAUAUAUAUCUUUGCAAGGCUGAAAAGACCUAAAACCUGGGUCCCUGUCAUACAAGAACAUGGCAAAAGCUGUACAAUCAGAUCUGAUGAGGGGUGGCAAGAGGAAAGAAGGGUUCAUUGCCCUUCAGAAGUUUGCUUUGGACUUUUACUGUUAACAUCGGGAUGAAUGGAACAGGCUGACUGUUUUAUGAAGGGUUUCUAAAAAUCAGCCCUCAGGCAUUUUUCCUCUCUCAAAGGCUCUGUCUCUGAAGUGUGCCCCCACCUAUAUUUUUGAAGCCAGAUCUGUAAACAACCUGAGAGUAAAUGGAGAAUCCCCAAGACUUGCUGGGUACCCCUGGGUGUAUUCUGGUCAGGCAGCAAUAUAAAUCUACAAUGUUUUUGUUUGUUUGUGUUUUGUUGAUGUUUAUUUGGGGUUGGUUUGUUUGUUUUCCUCUACAACGAUCUGGGUUUGCAUUUGAAGUUUGUGGAAAAGCAAGCCAUGCACUCAGAGGGUCCUGAACUUUCAGAGCUUCACUCUGGCUUCUUUCCACUUUCUUAAAACACGUAAACUUUACUUUUACGCAUUUGCCUACCUCGCAGCACGAAGACAUGCCCACUUUAACCAGCAAACAGGGGAGGAAGGAUUUCAGAAAAGAAUCAAAGAACAAUAAAGAAAUUCCAGAACGUGACAUCUCUUAGGAACAUGACAUGCAAAGCUGUGGAGAAUGGUCAGAUGAGUAAAGAUGAUGACUGGUAGCUUCAUGG